CAAACAAAGUCCACCGAAGGAUUUAACUGUUCGUGUUGGAACUAGCACUCACAAUGAUGGAGGAAAAGUGUAUGAUGUUAUUGAAAUUAUAAAACAUCCGAAAUAUAAUAAAGCAGUGCCAGAUGAUUUUGAUGUUGCACUUUUACGGAUCAAAGAGCCAAUAUCAUUUACUCCAUGCACAGUAACUCCUGUAAAAUUAAUACAAUCGGGAAAAGAAGUACCGAAGGGAACAACUUUGAGUGUAACUGGAUGGGGCGCCACGAAGGAAUGGGGGCCAAUUUCGCCAAAGUUACAAGAAGUUAAAGUUAAAGCUUACUCAAGUCAAGAAUGCAAGAACAGUCAUGCUAUUAACAGUGACAUCAUUUCUGACAGUAUGAUGUGCGCUGGUUUUCCUCAAGGACAAAAAGAUACUUGUCAUGGGGAUAGCGGUGGGCCACUUGUAGAUGAAAAACAGGUUCAAGUAGGAGUUAUAUCCUGGAGGCGAGGAUGCGCGCGACCUGGAUAUCCUGGCGUAUAUACAAAAUUGAGCCACCCGGAAAUCCAACAGUUUAUUAAAAACAAUGUAAAACUUUAAAUCAUAAAACUGUAUGAAAAACAACAAUAAACAAUUACGGAAAAAUA